AUGGUCGGAGCAGGAGGUAUUGGCUGUGAAUUAUUAAAAAACCUAAUCUUAACCGGAUAUCAUGAAAUUCAUAUUGUUGAUUUAGAUACCAUUACAUUAUCAAACUUAAAUAGACAAUUCUUAUUUCGUAAAGAAGACAUCGACAAAUCCAAAGCAUUAACCGUGUGUAAAGCUGUCCAAUCAUUCAAUUACUUAGGUGCGAAACUCAUACCUCAUCAUGGUAAUAUCAUGGACACGACUCAAUUCCCGAUUGAUUGGUGGAAUCAAUUUAGUUAUAUCUAUAAUGCAUUAGAUAAUAUAGAAGCAAGGAGAUAUGUAAACAAAAUGGCGUUAUUCUUGAAGAAACCAUUAAUGGAAAGUGGGACUACUGGAUAUGAGGGCCAAAUCCAACCAAUUUAUCCAUAUUAUAGUGAAUGCUUCGAUUGUCAAACGAAAGUAACCCCAAAGACAUUCCCAGUGUGUACUAUUAGAUCAACCCCUUCACAACCGGUACAUUGUAUUACGUGGGCUAAGGAAUUUUUAUUCCAUCAAUUGUUUGAUGAAGCUGAACAUGAUUCGAAUUUGAAUAAUAGUGAACAAAUCAAACAAGAGGCUGAAGAUGAAGCUGAGAUUGAAAAUUUGGCAAAGGAGGCGAAUGAAUUGAUUGAAUUGAGAAAAUUGAUUCGUAGUGCUGAUUCAGCGACUUUCAUUAAUGAAGUUCUUGUGAAGAUAUUUAAGGUUGAUAUUGAAAGAUUAUUAUUAAUUGAAACAUUAUGGAAGACGAGAAAGAGACCAAUUCCACUUGAUAUUGGUGCAUAUAACAACGAUUUGAACACUAUGUUGGCAGAUGACCUGAAUGAGAGUGUUUUGAAUGCAGAUACCAAAGUGUGGACCAUUUUGGAAAACAUUUACGCAUUAUACAAAUCCGGAGAACUGUUACAAAAUAGGAUCAAGUCAGGUAAAGAAGCAUUUGUGGCAUUUGAUAAAGAUGAUGAAGAUACUAUGAUCUUUGUAGCUUCUGCGUCUAAUUUAAGAUCUUCGAUAUUUGGAAUUGAAGAAAAACCAAAAUUCGAUAUUAAAGAAAUUGCCGGAAAUAUUAUUCCAGCAAUUGCAACAACCAAUGCAAUCAUUUCGGGAUUUUCUUGUUUGGCAGGUACGAAAUAUUAUCAAAAUGAACAACAUGAUCCUCAGAGUCAUGAUUUUGGAGAUAUAAUGAAGAAAUCAUCCACCAUUUUCGUCAGUAUAAAGCCAAAUAGAUAUACUAUAUCUGCCUCAUUAGUACCUCCAAAUGAAAAAUGUGCCAGUGAUUCAUUAGUUUCCAGAGGUGUAUUUGAAGUUUCAACCGAACAUUUUAAUCAUUGCACAUUAGAUUGUUUUCUUGAUCAUUUAGUUGAGAAAUUUGGAUAUUCAAAAGAUGAUAUUUCUAUUCAAGUUGGGAAAUCUAAAUUAGUUUAUGAUAUUGAUUUUGAUGAUUAUUUAAAUGCCAAGCUUUCGGAAGUACCUGGAUUUAAGAAUGGAGAAAUUAUUUUGAUUCAAGAUGAUGGUGGCGAAUUAGAAAAUUUAGAAUUGUAUUUGAAUGUAAAGGAUAAUAUUGAAACUAAAUUUCCUGAAUUGGUAUUGAGACCAAAGAAACAUAUUCAUGAAGAGGAGGAGGACGAAGCUGAGCCAGAAAUGCUGGAAAAGGAGCCAGCCUCAGAUGUAAAUGGGACCGAGGAUGGGUCAAUGGUUGUCGUUAUCGAUGAUGACGAAGAAAUUGAAGUAGUAGAAGAGAAUGGGGACAUUAUUGAAAUUGAAGAGCCCAUGUUAAAGAAACGAAGGAUUGAGUAG